AUGCCUCCAAAACGAAACGUCGAAGACGAACGUGAGGACGCUCCACGGCGAUCCAACUUGCCAGAGACGACUCGGUCCUCGCAGCGGGGGGCGCCAAACUCCCACAUUGAGAUAUUGAGAGUGAGAGUCAGCCCAGCAUCUGCUGAGAGCGAUGUUAUACCAACAGUUGAAGAAGAAUAUGUUUUUCCCAAUAUCAACCGUGAAAUGCUCGAACAUCCAAGAUUCGAUGUUGAGAAUAUUGGUGGGAAUAAGAACAAUGGCAUGCAUGUGGUGGGUACCGACGAAACGUUCACUGAUACGCUUGUGGACGGUCUACUGCGCAUCGUUGAGCUGGAUGGCUGGCCAUUAAGGAUCAGGAAUUAUCCCUUAUGCAGAUUAUACAUUGCCGAUUCGCCCCGUGUAUCGUCGGAUCCUGAAUUUGUAGAUAAACAUUUGCAAAACGUCAGACCAACCACUGGAUUCGGAGAAUCCCAGAUCAGUGUCGCUUGCGCAAUGAGAAUAUACGCCGACAUUCCUGCCGCGUAUUGGAGAGAACUUGAAGAUGGUGUGCCGCAAAAUCUGUCUGUUGAGGUUCAAAGGUGGCCGCGUGAGAAUACUUUGUCGUCCGGUUUCGAUCUCGCUCAACCGGCCGGAAGACAGGCUGUGUUGAAAGCUUUAGUCCAAAUUCGGGAAUCACUUUUAAACGACGAUGACUGA